AUGACAAAACUGAAUACGGGAACGGUUUCUGGAUUUUCUAGAAUUUUGAGCACAUGUUUAUUAACAUGUUUUUUUUUUCAAGAAGUUUUCGGUGAUAUGGCACAUGAUAUGGGCAUGGAUGAUACUUCGGAUUAUACCAGGCCAGACAUAGUAGACGCUGGAUCCAAGUCUGUCCACUGGCUAUGCACACUGGGAUUUCUGCUCCUUUUGCCAUCUGUAGUCACUUGUCUUUCUUUUGCGGGAAGAAUAUAUUCUGCCACUUUCCUACAAUGCAUUUGUGCCGUUUAUGCCUUCUUAGAAGCUGUUUUCUUUAGAUUUCAAGAUAACGAUGGGGUUGAAAAUAGAACUUCAAGAGGGACUGCCUGGUUUUUGGCGGGACUCACUUGGAUAACUCUGUUUUUUGGUGGACUGGCGGGAGGAACUGGCUUUCUGGUGAGAAGCAAGAGGCUGCAAACAUUCAUAUCGAAUGCAGGGGAAACAAGGCUAUCGUAUAUUCACCGCUGUUUAUCCUUUUUAACUGUUGUUACCGGAUGGGUUAAAGUCUGUUUGGCACCAGUUGCGCUUUUUGGUUUCUGUAGAGAGGCUCAUACAGGGCAGUGUAUUGCUCAUGGUAUCAUGGGGUCCGCGUUUGUAUUAUACGGGUUCGUUUAUAUGGUGGUUUUAGUUAUACCAUGGAUUCGAAAUGCGCAGACUUCAUAUUCGCAGGACUACAUUGACAGCUGGGUAAUGUGCGUAUGGGGUGUUGUGAAUACCUUCACUGAACAUAGAUGGGGACGUGAGGGAUGGAGUGUUCAUGACUACCAACAUACUUUUAUGGGAAUCAUCUGGUGGGCCGGCGGUAUACUUGGGAUUUUCCUAUCUAGAAGUGGCAGAAGAACAUUCGUACCUAGUUUGAUCAUUAUUUUCACGGGCUGGGCCAUGUCUGAACAUGCUCAGCAUUUGAUAAUCAGUACAAAAGUCCACAACAUGUUUGGCUUGGUUUUGAUGUGUGGAGGUGCCUUGAGGAUCAUCGAAAUAUCUUUCCUAUUAAAGGAUAAAAGAACAUUAGGCAAAAUACACUCAUUUCAAUACCUUGCUCCCUUUUGUCUAGUGAGCUCAGGUCUCCUGUUUAUGGGCGCAAAUGAAGAACAACUGAUUUUAGUACUGAGACUUGGUGGGGAUCAUAGUGCAUACGUUUUGAUUAUCGUAUCAGGCGCAUUUUUGGUUUAUUUCUGGAUGAUUGCAUGCCUGGAAUUUUAUCUGUACUUGUUUGAAAAGGGAAAACAAGGCUUCCUUUCGAAACCAUACGAACUUCAAGAAGAGAAUAAUAACGUCAGCUUCGAGUUAGAUAAUAUAUCAGAUAACGAUGUAGAUGAAGAUGCUGUUUCUUUCAAUGUAUGA